GCGAUCCUCCUCGCUCUCCUUCCCCUUCCGCUGAGCCGUGCUGCCGCGGCCCCGGCACGCCAUGGCGUCCACGGCGUACUCGCGGUCGUCGUCCAACAAGCUGCCGGGCGGCGAGCGGCGGCUGCCCCCGCGCCUCAUGCGGGGCCUCACGUCCAAAUUCGAGCCCAAGAAGCUGGGCGUCGGCCUCGUCGCCGGCUGCUGCCUGGCGCUCCUCACCUACGUCUCCCUCGCCAAGCUCUUCGCGGUCUACUCCCCUGUAUUCGCCAGCACGGCCAACACGUCCGCGCUGAUGCAGCAGAACGCGCCGCUGGCCUCGUCCAAGCCGUCCGUGCCGGAGACGGAGACCAUCCCUCCGGAAGAGACGCUGGACGACGGCGACGGCGCGGAUACCGGCGAUCUGCGUGGGACGGAGCCCGGCUUGCCGGAAGCUGCCGUCAUGAGGAACGACAUGGCAGCGGGGUCCGACGAGCCCGGCUUGCCCACCAGGAAGGACGGCGGCGGGAAUGCGGAGGCCGAGCCCACCAACAAGCCAUCUGAGGAUGGCAACGGCGGCCAACAAGGAGGCAAGAUGACGUGCGACGAGAACAGCGUGGACGAGCGGUUCCCGUACGCCCGGCCGACCGUGUGCGAGCUGUCCGGCGACGUGCGCGUGAGCCCGAAGCAGAGGACGGUGUACCUGGUGAACCCGUCCGGCGGCGGCGGCGGGGGGUUCGACGAGAGCGUCGAGAAGCGGCUCCGACCGUACGCCCGCAAGGACGACUCCUCAAUGCCACACAUAACGGUGAAGUCGGUGGCUUCGGGCGCGGCGGCGCCCGAGUGCACGAAGCGGCACGCGGUGCCCGCGGUGGUGUUCUCCGUGGGCGGGUACAACACGGACAACAACCUGUUCGACGACGACAUGACGGACGCGCUGGUCCCGCUGUUCCUGACGACGGCGCACCUGGACGGCGAGGUGCAGCUGGUGGUGGCCGACUACAAGCCGCGGUGGGUGCGCAAGUACGCGCCGCUGCUGCGGAAGCUGUCCCGCCACGGCGUGGUCAGCCUGGACGGCGACGCCGAGGGGGAGGAGGAGGGGCCGCUGGACGGCGUGCACUGCUUCCCCGCGGGCGCGUUCGUGGUGGGGCUGCUGUACCGCGACCGCGACCGGGAUCUGGACCUGUCGCCUCACCCGGCCCGGAACCGGAACCCGCGCAACGUGACGAUGGCGGACUUCGCGCGGUUCCUGCGCGGCGCGCUGGCGCUGCCGCGGGACCGCCCCGCCGUCCUCGGCGGGGCGCCCGGCAUGCGUCCCCGGUUGCUCGUCGUCUCGCCGCGGAGGCUGCUGAACCUGGAGGAGGUGGCGGCGGCGGCGGACGCGCUCGGGUUCGACGUGGCGUCCGCCGAGGCCGGCGCGGACGACGUGGCGGAGUUCGCCGCGCGGGUGAACGCGGCGGACGUGCUGGUGGGCGUGCGCGGCGCCGGGCUGACGAACCAGGUGUUCCUGCCGACGGAGGCGGUGCUGGUGCAGAUCGUGCCGUGGGGCAAGAAGAUAGAGUGGGUGACCACCAGCUCCUACGGGCGGGCGGCGGCCGGGAUGGGGCUCCGGUACCUGGAGUACUACGUCGGGGAGGAGGAGACGAGGCUGAGGGACAAGUACCCGCGGGAGACCGUCAUGGAGCAGGACGUCGUCGUCAACCUCACAAGGUUCCGGCCCGUGCUGCUGCAGGCGCUCGACAAGCUGCAGCAGUGACGAGGAAUGGAUUCACCAUAGCCGGCCGGCAGGAGGAAGCUCGCUCAGGUCGUCGGGCAUGGGAUUGGUAAUUUGGUUGGUUCAUCUGCCGGUUUUGUUUUGUUUGUCGUAAGAAAAGAAGAGAAGAGAACAUACAUACACUACACACGAACGAACGAGAAUUCUGUUCAUUCUUCA